AUGCAGUUCACCAUCGCCGCCAUUGCUGCCUUCGCCGCCUCGGCCUCUGCCAUGGCUCUUAACACCACCGCCUCCGUUGCCCCUGUCUAUGUCACUGAGGUUGUGACCCAUCUUACGACCUACUGUCCUGCCGUAUGCAAUCCUUUCUCCCCAGCGAAUAUGGGUCGAUUAGCUAAUUCUUAUAGGNCCACCGUUGUUACUGCCGGUUCUCACACCAUCACCGUCACUGCUGCCACCACCCUCACUAUUGAGGACUGCAGCUGCACCAUCGUCAAGACUUCAAGCGCUGUUGCUCACCCUACCGCUCCUGUUGUCUCUGCCCCCGUUGUUACCGGCCCCUACAACAACGGCACUAUUGCCACCAAGACUCAGGGUAUGGCCUCUGGCACUGGUGUCGGUGCCUCCAGCACCAAGCCUGCCAAGUUCACCGGCGCCGCUUCCUCCAUGAACGUCGCUGGUGCCGCCGCUGCCGCCCUCGGCAUGGCCGUCCUUGUCCUCUAA